AUGGACUCUCAGACUCCCCAUAUCCUAGAGACUGAGCUCCUCAAUGCUGAGCGGGUUGAGCUGUUAAACGAGCUCGACAAACUGUUCCAGGAAGAGCCCAUCUCUCGUGAAGUGUGGGCUUUUUUCUGGGUGUCUGACAUCGAUAAGCUGAAAGAAAUUGUUUCCAAAUUAAGAACUGAGCCUGACCUGGCAGGUCACUACGAGAAGAGUGUCGAAGAAACAACGAUAGUGAAGCACUGGGCCCAAAAGAGCCGACAAGCUUCCGCAUUGUCGACGCCCACCAGUUCGCAGACCCCCCUGCCUGCUGGAUCACCAGCGAAUAGGCCAGGCGGACUUAAACGCAAGCUAGAAGAUGAAACGAUUAAAGGAAGAUCAAAAACUGAGGCUGACAAGUGCCGCAAACGUGACGGAGAGGAAUGUGUCAUUACCAAGGCUGGCACCCCCGUCGAAAUAGCUCACAUUUUUCCAUUCUCGAUGAGACAUUUGCAAUCCCCCGAAGAACUUGUCAGGCGCUAUAAUUUCUGGAAAACUCUAAGGCUCUUUUGGCCCGAGGAAAAAGUGAAUGCAUGGUUUCAAGCCAUUGGAGCAACUACCGAAACCACCCGUAAUUUACUUUCCUUUGCGCCACAUACUCAUAGCUACCACGGAAGAGCUUACUUUGGCCUGAAGCCCGUCGAGAUGAAUGAAGACCAGACACAACUCACUCUCCAAUUUUACUGGCUGCCGUGGGCAAGUAAGCCGCAGAGGGUGAGAUUAACUACGCGGCCUGACGUACCCUCGAUUAGAGACGGUAGAGAAGUUGGAAGUGAAAGGUCCGGCAAGGUCAAGUUAUUCGAUGUCUACUCAAACAAGCCUAUUUUCAGUGGUGAUGUUAUUGUGAUGAAGACCGCAGACCCUGAAGAAUGGCCGUUACCAGAUCUUGCGUUACUUGAGAUGCAGUGGGUGCUCAAUGUUGUUGCGGCCAUAUCUGCUGGAUCCGAACCCGUUGAUCUUGACUAUUCGGAUUACGAUUCUCCUGACAUGUCCAUGGCCUACACUUUUGAAGACCUAUCGGAAUCUUCACUUUCGCCACCCCGUUGCUUGAAAUCUCCGAAGCUUGAGAGUGAGCAUCUUGAUAGCACUGUCCAGCAGCCCCUAAUUACCCCUUAUUCCUGA